AUGGUCAAGGUGCCUGAAAGGAACAAAGCGAGUGGAGACCAACUGGUGAAAUUGGAAACUCAGAAUAAUUCCUUUGAGAUGAACUGGAAAAGCCCUGCUGGAGAAAAUAACGCUGAGUUUCAGGCCUUUUCCUUAAUUGUAUUCAAAGACUUGGAAUCCCUGCUGAACCAAGAGGUUAAAGGCGGCCGUCCAUCUCAGAACAAUGUGUCAUUAAACUCCAAGGUGAUAGCCGCCACCAUCAGCAACAAAGCCAUCAGCUCUAAUCGGAAGGAAAAGUUCAAUUUGACUCUGAAACUCAACCAGGAAUUACGGGAAAAGAAAUUACAGGAAAAGGAAGAUGGUGAAGAGCCAAUAUGUGUCUAUUGGAGUAAUACCAAACAGAGAAGUGUCUGGUUAUCUGAUGGUUGUGAACGGAUCCAUUCCAAUCAGACCCAUGUAAUCUGCCAGUGUAACCAUCUGACAAGCUUUGCUGUUUUAAUGGCUCCAGUUCAGAUUGAGAUUGACGACAGGCACUUGGAGGUGAUCACCUACAUCGGCCUCAUCAUCUCCCUGCUCUGCCUCGCUGCCUCCAUCGCCAUAUUUGUCAACUGCAAAUCCAUCCAGAAUGCUAACACCAAUCUCCACAAGCACCUGAGUAUCACCCUCUUCCUGGCACAGUUCAUCUUUCUGAUUGGAAUACGGAUUAAACAGCAGGUUGUGUGCGCCCUGGUUGCCGGGUGUCUGCAUUACCUCUUCCUUGCCGUCUUCGUCUGGAUGUUCCUGGACAGUUUGCAGCUUUUCAUCACAUCCAGUCACCUGACAGUCACCAAUUACACUCACAGACAUAUCAUCAAACCAAGAUACCUGUACGUUUCUGCUUAUGCUGUUCCUGCUGUGAUCGUCAUUAUCUCAGCAGCAGUAAACCCUGGAGGCUAUGGAACAGAGACCGCCUGUUGGCUGAAGCACGAGUCGGGGUUUAACUGGAGUUUCCAGGGCCCGGUCUGUUUUGUGAUUCUGGUCAAUACAGUCCUUUUAUUUUCGACUGUCUACUUACUGAGACGCCAUUUCAACUCGCGCAACAAGGAGGUGUCGAAGCUUAAGGAAACCAAAACCCUAACCAUUAAAGCUGCAGCACGGAUGUUUGUUUUGGGAACCACAUGGAUCUUUGGAAUAUUUCACGUUGACCAGAGCACUGCAGUGUUCUCCCACUUAUUCACAGUCAUCAACAGUCUCCAGGGACUGUUCGUUUUCAUUAUUUACUGCGUUUUCAAUCGCCGGGUGGUUGAUGAAUUACGGAAAUGGUUGACCAGUAAAAGGAAGAACAUCACCAUCAUGUCCACAGAGGUGGAGAUGAGCGUUACUGAGACUUAUAAAGUAAUACAAUCAGACUCAUUCAUGACCCAAUGACAAGAUUCUUCUCAGCGGAGUUUCUCUCUUUCAUACUCUUUCGCUCUUGCUCUGCAUCUGGCUCUGAAGAUUGUGGAUUCAAGACCCACUGCAAAGAAUGGAAAGCUACUUUGCGGGAGUAGUCUCACCAGCAGAAUUAUUUGGCUUGUACUGAGCUUGUAAAAAGGCA